CACCCCCAUUUGGCUCCAAAGUUCCUAUAUAAACCUCAAAUCAUUUCCUUUAUAUCCCACAAGCAAAAAAUAAAAUAAAAAUCAACAAAACUACAUUUAAUAUUUAAAAAAAAAAUGGCACAAAAACAAGCUUCAAUGUGCUUAGCUAUGAUUUUCGCCGCUAUGAUUUGGGGAUGCGUGAAGGCCCAAUCGAACGAUUGCACGAAUGUCAUAAUCAGCAUGUCGCCGUGCCUCAACUACAUUUCCGGCAACUCAUCCGCCCCGUCCACCUCUUGCUGCACCCAGCUCCGCACGGUGGUCGGAGCACAACCGCAGUGCUUGUGUCAAAUACUCAACGGUGGCGCCUCCAAUCUCGGACUCAAUAUCAACCAAACUCAGGCCAUUGCUCUGCCCAGAGCUUGUAAUGUGGACGUAUCCACCAGCAAGUGCAAUGCUGCUGCUUCUCCAUCUGCCUCUCCUGGUUCAGCACCAGAUUCUCCCGACGCAAAUACAGAUGGAUCGAAAACUACCGGAGAUGGUUCGUCGGAUGCAAGUUCCAAUAAGUUUGGUGUUUCUGUGCUGUUUUUCGUUCUCUUUGUAGCAUCCUAUGUUUUUUCUGUUUGAAAUAAUUAUAUAUACAUAUAUAGUGGUUAUUUCAUACGACGAAUAUUAAUUAUCAGAUUUUGUACCGUAUUUUGGAUCCUCUUUGUAGUAAAGAUUAUUUUGGUAGUAAAACUCGAUAAACUUGUGUAUUGGGAAUGAAGCUCGAAUCGAACUCAAUUAGGAAGAGGGGGAAAAGGCUAGAUAUCGAUUAAUCCAGGAAUUAUAAAAAUCGAUAAUCUUACACAGGAGUUGUUUCAGUUGA